AGGCAAAGGAAAUUGUUUUAAAGGCACAGAUUCUGGCUGGAGGGAGAGGAAAAGGUAUUUUCAAUAGUGGAUUGAAAGGAGGAGUUCAUCUCACUAAAGACCCUAAGAUUGUUGAACAGCUUGCAAAACAGAUGAUUGGGUACAAUCUGUCAACAAAGCAAACUCCAAAGGAUGGUGUGACAGUUAGAAAGGUGAUGGUUGCAGAAGCACUGAAUAUUUCCAGGGAGACAUACUUCGCAAUUUUGAUGGACAGAGCCUGCAAUGGACCUGUUAUGGUUGGCAGUCCACAGGGUGGUGUUGACAUAGAAGAAGUUGCAGUUACUAGCCCAGAACUUAUCUUUAAGGAGGAAAUAGAUAUUUUUGAAGGCAUAAAGGAUCAUCAGGCAUUGCAGAUGGCAAAAAAUUUGGGAUUUGAAGGACCUUUGCAACAGCAGGCAGCAGAUCAAAUUAAGAAGCUGUAUAAUCUUUUCUUGAAAAUUGAUGCCACUCAGGUUGAAGUGAAUCCCUUUGGUGAAACUCCAGAAGGGCAAGUUGUUUGUUUUGAUGCCAAGAUAAACUUUGAUGACAAUGCAGAAUUUAGGCAAAAAGAAAUAUUUGCCAUGGAUGACAAGUCUGAAAAUGAGCCUAUAGAGAACGAAGCUGCCAAAUAUGACUUAAAAUAUAUAGGACUGGAUGGAAAUAUUGCUUGCUUUGUCAAUGGAGCUGGACUUGCAAUGGCAACAUGUGAUAUAAUAUCCCUCAAUGGUGGAAAGCCAGCCAACUUCUUGGAUCUUGGUGGAGGUGUGAAAGAAGCACAAGUAUAUCAAGCAUUCAAGCUGCUGACUGCUGAUCCAAAGGUUGAAGCAAUACUUGUAAACAUUUUUGGUGGGAUCGUGAACUGUGCCAUUAUAGCCAAUGGUAUUACCAAAGCCUGCCGGGAGCUUGGGCUGAAAGUACCUUUGGUGGUCAGACUGGAAGGAACAAAUGUCCAUGAAGCUCAGCGUAUUCUGAAUGAAAGUGGACUCCCCAUCACAUCUGCAAAUGACCUUGAGGAUGCAGCAAAGAAGGCAGUGGCUAGUGUGGUCAAAAAAUAA